AUGUUCGGGAUCCAGGACAACCUGCCCCGGGGGGCCAGCAUGAAGGAGGAGCCGCUGGCCGUUCGCUCCUGGAUGCACUCGGCCGGCGUGGUGGACGCCAACACGGCUGCUCAGAGCGGGGUGGGGUUAGCCCGAGCUCACUUUGAGAAGCAGCCACCGUCCAACCUAAGGAAAUCCAACUUCUUCCACUUUGUCCUGGCGCUGUACGAUCGGCAGGGCCAGCCCGUCGAGAUCGAACGCACUGCCUACGUUGACUUUGUGGAGAAAGAAAAGGAGCCGAGUGGAGAGAAGACCAACAAUGGAAUUCAUUACAAACUGCAGCUUCUCUACAGCAAUGGCGUCAGAACCGAGCAGGACCUGUACGUCCGACUCAUUGACUCAAUGACCAAACAGGCCAUCAUCUAUGAAGGUCAGGACAAGAACCCAGAGAUGUGCCGAGUUCUGCUGACACACGAGAUCAUGUGCAGCCGCUGCUGUGAUAAGAAGAGCUGUGGGAACAGAAACGAGACGCCGUCAGACCCCGUCAUCAUUGACAGGUUCUUUCUGAAGUUCUUCCUGAAGUGUAACCAGAACUGUCUGAAGAAUGCAGGAAACCCUCGAGACAUGAGGAGGUUUCAGGUGGUGGUUUCAACAACAGUCAACGUAGAUGGUCAUGUUCUCGCCGUCUCUGACAACAUGUUCGUACACAACAAUUCCAAACAUGGCCGCCGAGCCAGGAGAUUGGACCCAUCUGAGGGUACUCCCAGUUUUCUGAAAGACUCAGUCUUCCAUCUUGACACUGACCAGAGGAACGCUGGCCCACAUCCACCCAUCUACAUCAAGGGGACGGUGGUGGAGCGUGUGAACAGCUUCAAGUUCCUGUGUGUCCACAUCUCCGAGGAGCUCACCUGGACGACCGGCUACAUCCUGGUGAACUUUUAUCGCUGCACCAUUGAAAGCAUCCUGACCAACUGCAUCACAGUCUGGUACAGGAGCUGCUCUGCCUCAGACCGGAAGGCGCUGCAGAAGGUGUUAAUCACACCUCAUGCCAUCAGGGUUCAGACUCCGCCCCGUCACAUCCCAGGUGUUGUUGAGGUCACAUUGUCCUACAAGUCCAAGCAGUUCUGUAAAGGGGCUCCAGGAAGAUUUGUCUACACAGCACUAAAUGAGCCCACCAUUGAUUAUGGUUUCCAAAGGUUACAGAAGGUUGUGCCCCGCCACCCUGGAGACCCUGAGAGACUACCCAAGGAGGUGCUACUGAAGAGAGCAGCUGACCUGGUGGAGGCCCUCUAUGGGAUGCCUCACAACAACCAGGAAAUCAUCCUGAAGCGAGCAGCGGACAUCGCUGAAGCGCUUUACAGCGUUCCCAGGAACCACAACCAGAUCCCAUCGCUUGGCAACACCACCUCGCAUGGCAUGAUGGCAGUAAACUCCUUCAGCGGACAGCUGGCCGUCAACGUCUCUGAGACAACACAAGGUAAGGUUGGUUACAGUCGGAAUACCAGCAGCGUGUCACCACGGGGAUAUGUCCCAAGCUCCACCCCCCAACAGAGUAACUACGGUAACACGGUCAGCAACAGCCUGAAUGGUUACGGUAACACUGGCAUGCCAAACCUUGGAGUGACGUCGUCACCCGGUUUCCUGAAUGGCUCGUCCACCAACUCGCCGUAUGGCAUCGUCCCCUCCAGUCCCACCAUGGCUGUGUCCAACUGCAACUCGUCUCAUGGGGUUUUUUCCUUCUCGGCUGCAGUCAAACAGAAGAGCGCCUUUGCUCCUGUUGUCCGCCCACAGGCUUCUCCCCCUCCUCCCAAUUGCUCUGCCAACAGUUCCAGUGGGCUGCAAGUAUGGGAGACUGUGACGAUGUGA